CACGGAAGUCUUAGGAGAAAGAACAAAAUGUUUGCUAAAGUGAUAGUGCUUACCUUUGUCGCUGCGGUUUUGUGUGAGGAACACGGAUACUCUCUACGCAAUCAUCAUGAACCUCCUAAGAGUUACAGACAGUAUUAUGAACAUGCACCCAUAAAGGUUCAUGAGGAAGAAGGUUCCCAGGAAGUCCAGUAUGCUGCUGCUCCUGAAGCCCACGGACAGGGAGGACACGCCUACUCUUCUCAAAGCAUCAUCCGUCUUGCUAGUCAAGGAGAGUCUCAGGAGUCCCACAAUGACCAUGUUGCUCCCGUAUUCCAGUAUGUGCAGGAAGAAGAACCGGCACGUCAAGAAGCUCCUGUACACCACGAGUCGCCCGCUCAACACUAUCAGUCCAUUCAUUUCGCUCCCGCUCAAGAGCAUCAUGAAGCUCCCGUAAAGGCCCAGGAACACUACGCUCAUGGACAUGAAGGCCUUAGCUACUACCAAGGAGCUAACGCUCAUGAAGGUUUGAGUUUCCACCACGGUGCGCAACUCCACACUGCUGUGCAUCACCCUGCCCCAGUGCACCACGCUGCCCCAGUGCACCAUGCUGCCCCUGUUCAUCACUCAGUUCCCGUUCAUCAUUCAGCUCCCGUUCACCACGCUGCUCCCGUUCACCACGCUGUUCCAUCUCACCAUGAAGUACCCGCCCAUCACGCAGUACCUGUCCAUCACGAUGCUCACGCUCACGAUUUCCACGACGAGCCUAUUGACUAUUAUGCGUACCCUAAGUACCAGUACGAGUACAAAGUGGAGGACCCUCACACCGGUGACAACAAAUUCCAGCAUGAAUUCCGUGAUGGUGAUGUUGUGAAGGGAGUGUACAGUCUUCAGGAAGCUGAUGGAUCCAUCAGGACUGUCGAGUACAGCUCUGACAAACACACCGGAUUCAACGCUAUAGUGAAGCACUCCGCCCCUGGUCAUCAGGUCCAUAUUGAAAGCCAUCAUCAGAACUAAGACAAGACUGAUCACUUGUUCUGCUGUUUUAUAGUCUUUAUUGUUACUAGAUGUGUACUUGCCUACUUAUAUU